CAACUCUCUUUGUCUUUAGUUUCUCUUUGAACAAGCUCUUUUGUUCACAUUUCCUUCCUAUUUGCUCUUUUGUCAUGGAAAAUUCUCAGAGUUUGAAAGGGAAGCAAGAGUUGAAACGAUCCUUUCCGAGCAAAAUUAGGCAUGGAACCAAAGAGAAGUCUCCUAUGGAGGGAGUGAAGUUGGCUGCAAUUGCAAUCAGCCUUAACGUACGGUUGAGAUCAUCCGAUAUGCCAAUUUGCAUGCAAGAGCAUGCCCUUCGUUGCAGUAGGCAGCUUCUUGAUUCUGCUCCCAAGCCCCGCCCUAACCUUACUCACUUGGCUCGAGCGAUCAAAAAGGAGUUCGACUCGGCGUACGGACCAGCGUGGCACUGUGUGAUUGGGACAAGUUUCGGAUCGUUCGUGACUCACUCAGCAGGUGGCUUCGUCUACUUUUCAAUUGACUCCUUGUCCAUUCUUCUAUUCAAAACAGAGGUUGAGUUAGUCACGGAAGAGAAAGAGGGCCAAAGGCUUUGACUAAUCUUUGCCUACGAAAAAUUUUCAAAGCAUAGAUGCUUGGGUCUUGAGUUUGUAUGAGCAACUCAAUUACUUGUUGGCUAGUUCUAUUUUCCCAUAGAUAUUGCACGAAUUCAGCCUGUUCCAAAGUGGAUUAAGUGUUCUAAACGUGUUUAAUGCAAGUUGUGUAAGUAAAGGAAUUCAAGCCCAUAGAUGUUUGUUUUUCCAUUUGUCUUGUACCAAAGUUUCAAAGUUUGAUUAUCUGUUC